AUGGCCGGGUCGAUGCUGCAGGCCGCCGGUUCGGCCCUGCUGGCCCGAUCCACACAUGCCCAGUCCCAGAGCACGGAAAUCAUCCUCCUGGUGCUGGCGUCCAUCGGUGCCACCAUCGCCUGGGCGGCCACCGCCAUCAAUGUGGCUCUGCACAUGGUCAACUGGCGCUGCGCCAUCCGACAGACGGCCCUGCUGCGCGUGGUCGGCCUGCUGGUGGUGUGGACCACCUGCUCGCUGAUCAUGGUCAUCUGGCCGGGGCAGAGCGGCCGCGCGGCCAAGCUCGUCAUGGACGCCUACGAGGCGGGCCUGGUGGUGCAGCUGGGGUCCCUGACCAAGGCCUUCGCGGGCGGCGACCACCGGGCGGACCGGAUCAUCCGCCGGGCAUGCCGGUCGGCGGAGCUCCGGCGCAAGCCCCUCCGACGCCUGGCCCUGCGCCACCACCAGCUGCUGCUGCUGAACUAUGCCUUCGUCAAGGUCAUCAGCACGGUGGUGUGGCUGCUGCUGACGUCGCCCUUCCGGCCGGCCUCGCCCCUGGCCCCGGCAUGGGUCCGGCUGAUCAUCGAUCUGGCCACGCGCCUGGUGUCCGGCGGGGCCCUGCUCGGGGCCAUGGCCGCCCUGCUGGCCGUGUACUUUGCCCUGCUGCCGCACUACCGGCGCUUCAGCCCGCUGCAGUACCUCAAGCGCCUGGACAUCCACCACCCGGACCGGGUGCACGCCACCCAAACCCUGGGCCUGCUGAAUGCCACCCAGCUGGGGCUCAUGUGCGAGCGGCCGGGCGCCCUGCUGGGCCCCGGGCAUGGGGCCUCGGCGGCUGGGAGCCCGCGCUCGGACGGCCCGCUGCGCCUGCUCCCCCGCCGGGGCGCCUGGCCGCCAGGGCGCGAGGUGGACCAGUGGCUGCGGGCCGAUGGCGGCGCCGGCGGGCCGGUCGUCCCGCUGGGCCCACUGUCCCCGGACGCGCCUCCGGCCGAGCCCCGGCCCUGGCAACGCGCCUGGCCCCCGGUCAAGGAGGUCCCGGACGCCGGGGAGCCCCAAGACCCGGGGGCCUCCUGUGGCCCGGGGGACACCUCCGCCGGCCUCUGGCUCGGGGACAUGUCUUCCGACGUGGGCAGCCUGUCCCCGAGCGACUCGGACCCCGGCUUCGGCGGCGGGUCCACCACCGACCCGGACCUCGGCCUGGACGAUGAGGACGACCCGGAGGCGGAGGAGGACCAGCAGCUCGACCGCGGGGGGGAGUCGGAGGCUCGGCGCCUGGCGCCGCUGCGGUCGUCCGGCCCCCGGAAGCCGCCGGCCCCGGGGCAGGACCUCCUGUCCGAGGAGGACCGCUUUCUCGGGGAGGACGGCCGCCUGUACCCGGCCCAGGGGAUCGGCACCAUGCGCCGGGGCUAUGCCGCCUCGCUGGGCCGGAAGUCGGUCACCCGCAAGUUGGCGGCCAUCAAGCUGACCAUCGCCCUGCGCGUGGUGGUCACCGGCAUCUUCGUGGGGCUGCAGUUUGCCCUGGCCCCGCGCUCGGGCACCGGGCCGAGUGCCACGGUGGCCGCCACGGCCGCCAUGGUCGGCCGCCUGCUGGCCCGGGCGGAGGGCUCCAGCCCCGGGCCGCUGGCCGCCAGCCUGCUGGCCGACAGCGCCGCCACCGGGUAUGACGAGUGGGAGGAGUUCCUCGUGCGCGUGGAACACGUCGUCUUCUGCCUGGUCCUGGCCCUGGCCUCGGUGAUCUUCAAUGCCACGGUCUUCAGCUACCGGGAAUUCAGCCUGAAGCCCUUCCUCCGGGCCUUCCGCGGGAUCAGCCGCUCGCUCGGGAACUUCCCCUCCGGGCCGCCGUCACCCGGGCCGCCCGGGGCCGAGGACCUCCCCCGGCCAGGCGCCGGGCCACUGUACGAGUACCCGGCCACCGCGCGCAUCCUGGCCCGCUGGCAGCAGGGCACCCUGCCGGAGGCCGGCGCCCCGGGGCCCCAGGGCCCAGUCGCCUGGCCGCCGGAGCACUCGGUCAACGCCACCCCGGAGCAUGGGCCCCUGCGCGGGGCGGACCUGCUGCCGAUGUCGGCUCUGGCGGGUGCCACCUUGCGGGCCGCCCCCGACGCGAGACAGGCCGGACCGGGGCCUGCCAUGGUGGCCGCCGUCGCCGCCGCCGCCACCGGCCCGGAGGACAUCUGGCGCCAAAUCGACCAGGCCCUCGAGAGCGGCCCCUCAGCGGCCGGGUCCCCGGGCGGCGCCCAUGCCCAGUCGCCCUCCUGGUCCGGGCCCGGGUCCCCGGCGGCCGGGGUCCUGCGGAAUAUGUCCACCGUCCGGGUGCUCAGCGGCCCGACGGCCAUGCUGCUGCCGCCGAUGGCCGCCCGUGGGGCCGCUCCCCCGCCGCAUGGUGGCCGAGUCUAAAGCGAGCCUGGCCGUGGGGAAAUAGCGCCCGCUGCCCGGGCGGGGGGAGGGGGGAGGGAGGAGGCCAGCUUGUGCCGCUCCCGUCGACCCCCGGGGCGGCCCUCUCACGCGCAAGCCGCGGACCAAUGUCCCGCCAGUCAGGGGCACACGGGUGUCACCCUCCAUGCGAUGGUGCCUGGCCUUGUUGUGUGGGACCGGUACACUCGGGCCGGCA